CGUUACGACCCAGUGGUACACAGAGCCGUGCACUUUGUCAGUCAGUCGGCGGCCGGUGCUCGACCCAAGACCUCAGCAACGAGGAGCCCGGCAUGGGCAACAACCAGAGCUUCGAGGAGCCCCUGCGCCCCGGACAGCCCAGCACCGCCGAGGCUGGCAGGGUGGUUUUCCUGCUGUGGCUCGCGCACCGCUACUGGCACAAUGUGGUGGACGCGGCCAAGGGCACGACCACCCUCACCAGGAGCAAAAGGAAGAAGAGGAGACGCAACAAUUCGCAAAGCUCUUUCAACUCUGAUGAUGACAACACGUCAAGGAGCUCGUUUUGGAGCGACAUGGCUCCAGAACCACACGGUGCCGACGGUGUGCAGAUGCGACGCGGCAGUCGAGCCAGCGAGAUGUCCUCCAGCCUGGCCGACCUUUGGCGACAUGACACCGCAAAGGACCACCGUCCACCAGUGUACAAUCCAGAAGACUAUGCAUCGGCCCUGAAAAAAUGGAGCCGCCGGUCUGGUCCUCUUUUGUACGCCUCCAACAUUGCAAACAGCGACGAAGCCACCAUGGGACCUGGAAACACAAAUACGGCGCCACCCAGAUACAACUGGCGCUCCAGGUCGACCGACAACUUGCACCAAGAGCCCACGUCUCUUGGUGGCAGCAGAGACUUCCGAAAUCCAAAUCUAACUUCAUGCAGCCAGGGAGAAAUGACCCUGCGCCAGUUUUCCAGUGUUUCCGAGUUGCUCAACAAAUUGAGACAAGAUUUGAGAUUAGCUUUGCCCAGUUUCGUCCAAGAAUUUGUUGGUGACCCUUUGGAUGGCGUCACACUGCUGCUGGAAAUUUUGCGAGCGGUCCAGCUGAGCCAGACCACGCAGAAGACACGGAUUCCGCCUGCAAUCGCCCGCAGGGCCUUGCUGGAUGAGCACGAAUGUUUGCAGUGCCUGCAGAGUUGCGUGGCGCGGUCCCAGGAAGGGGCCCGCAGAUUGGCCUCCUCGCCAGCAGGCCUGUUCACCGUGGCCGUCGGGAUUAUGAGCAACGUCACCAAAUCCAGAAUUCUUGCACUCCAGCUAUUGACUAGAGCGUGCGAGCCGCCGGCGAACGGCCACUCAGCCGUGUCUGAAGCCAUGUCGACCCUGCGCCUCAGGUUUGGCGAGCCUGUGCGGUUUCGCUUCCUGGUGGGCAUGUUGAGCAGCGGCGCGGGGGCCUCGUCACCCCAACUGCAGAGCAUUGGCCUCAGAUUUGUUAACACAUUUCUGGAGGCGGCCCCCUCACCCCAAAUUCGGCUUUACAUUCAGGCCGAAGUUGAGCAGGCUGGACUCCAACCGAGCACCAUCAGAAAGUCAUUGCCCGCAAACGCUGCGGUGGCUGAGGAAAUACAAAAGGAAUUGAAGAGGUGGGAAAAUGGCUAUCUGGAUAUCAACACACUUGAAGACAGAGCAAAGCAUGCCGAAAACGAGAUUUCGUCUUUAAGAGAAAAGACUUUGCUUUUAGAGCGCAAACUUCAAAUCCUCCAGGAGGAGAAGAGUGUACUGCUGUCUCUGGAGCGGUCUCUGAAGGAGCGGUGCACACAGCUUGAGGGAGAGGUCAAACACCACCAGCACAUCAUUUCUCCCAAAAGUUCAAAGGUCGGAUCAACUCCAGAAGAUGAGGGCAUAAGCUCUUCCGACCAGCCUAGUAGCGGGGAAGAAGGCAACGGAUCGCCCUUGACACGCAGAAGGGACGUCAUUGAGCUCAAGGUUGAAGGACCACCCAUCCUCCGGGAAACCAGUGUUGACCAGCAGGACUCGGACGAGGAAGAAACGACUAUUGAGGAGGUCAUGGAGGAGCUCAGGAACAUCAUCAAUGAUGCCGAGAGCGAGGACAGGGCCAGAAUGCAGAGAGAACAGGAUAUGGAAAUUGCCAGAAUUAGCAAUAAGAACCGACGCCCACGUCAACGAGCCCCAACGGAGUACGAAGAACGCGUCAGUCUGGACACCCCUAAUUCGGACGAAAUUGAAAUCAUCCCAACCAGGUUGCCGCAGCCCCCACGCAGGUCAAGGGCUUUGGCCAUGAUGCGAGAUGGUGCCCAAGGGAUUCUCUUCUUUGACGAAGAGACUCCCAGUGACACCAGCGACUCCGACUCCUUGCUGAGCGCCUCUCGAGAGCCAGAACCCACGCAGAGACCCACCUAUGUGUACGGCAGCAGACCUUUGGUUCGCAGGGAGACAAUUUCUGCUCACCCUGUGACACCCAUCAGACGGAGCGAGUCUUUCCAACAUCAACACAGACCGUCACAGAUCCAAUACAACCCAGUGCCAGUUAUCACAAAGGAGACAACCACACACCCUUUGUUCUUCUUGAACGACCCACCCCGGCCAAGCAACGGCAGCAAGUCAAAGAGUCUUGAGAAAAUUGACGAGGGCCUCAACUCGAUGGUGGACAUUGUGACUCACGUGCGUUGGGAGACCCCCCAAGUCUCUCUGCACCAUGACUACCGCAGCAACGGCUUUCCUCGGUAUUCGGACAGGUACCCACCGGACGGCGCCAGCAGUGGCAUGUCCGGCAGCGCCCUUUUCAUCUCGCCUAGGGAACAGAGUCCCCCGAGCCACCACUACAAGGCCCCAUUCAUCAAGAGGGGCCACGUCAACGCUGGCCUCUACUCGGGCCAAAUAAAGCCCAUGAUGCAGUGCCAGUCGUCCAGCAACAGCAGAACAGCUUCUGUGCCCAGCUCUGCAGGCAGACUGGCUGAUUUGCCCUCGGGAUUGUAUUAAAUGUGAAUGAUUGUUGCUCUUAAGCUGCCUUACUGUACCAGCGGAUUUGGAAAAAUUGGUCGAUUUUGAAGUUUAUUUUGCGAUUGAGUAACUUCGAUUUUGACUCUCUUUUCCAUGAUUGUUUAAAGGAUUGCUAACUUGUUGGCAUGUGGUGGUAAAAUUAUUAGGCUCAAAUUGUUUCAAAGUAAUAUUACACAAUGGAGUGAUGGGUUGGUAACAUUUAUCAAUGUUCUAUGAGUGUGUUGCACUUUUUGUUAUUGUAAAAUUAAAAUUAAUUUAUGCCAGUGCAAUAUUCGCAUAUUUGAACGAGAGCGGUGAAGAUCUCUCUAGACUUAUUAGUCAUUUCCAAUGUGCUGACAUUGGUCACUUAAUGACACAUUGAAGCCGAAAAAUUAAACAUAUGGGUGUAAAUAGUUUGUGUACAGAUGAGUAACUGUAAUAAAGUUAAUUUUUAAAA